AUGUCGACGGAUGAAGGGCCAAGCACUGGCACGAUGCACGAGCUCAAUGCAGAAGCAUCGACCAGUAGUACGACUAGACUGUCUAACCUCGACGCUCCUCUUGGUCCCCUCUCAUCUCUACCUGCCUCAUCUACAGGUCUUCAAGAAUGGAAGAUUCUCCUCUUGUGCACCGCUGUCAACUCGUUUUCCCAACGUGUGAUCACGUAUUUCGAUUUCCUUGGGCUGAAGAACGUCUCGGUCCAAAUCGCCUCAAAUGACGAGGCGAUGAUCUCGGCCUGCGAGGAAUGGGAUCCCGAUAUGGUCGUUUGCCCAUUCUUGACCCGAGUCAUUCCAGAACGUGUCUUUGGCAGGUGGACCACACUCGUCGUUCACCCUGGUCCGCCCGGUGACGCUGGACCUUCAUCCCUCGACUGGGUCUUACUGGGGGACAAUGGUUCCGAUGCCGACUCGACGUCCGCGCUCAACACACUGCUGAACACCUCGUCCACUUCCUGGUCCGGAGAACGACGCUCACACUGGGGAACGAUCGUUUUUCAAGCCAACGAACACCUGGACGGAGGCGCCAUAUGGGCAUGGGAGCAGUACGAGCUUCCGACCCUAGGAACUUUGACCAAGGCUCAGCUCUAUCAAACAUUGCACUCCCAAGGUGCCAUUUCUGCCCUUAUCACGGCCAUGAUUCGAGUCUAUGAAACCACCUCGACUCUUCCCAAAGACCAGCGAGUCUCGGCUCGACCUCGCGAAGAGUGGCAGAAACUCAGUGUGACGUCUCAACUCACUUUCCAAGGUGGUUCAACACACGAACGACCCUUGAUCCAAUCAAAACUGAGGAAACCUGAUUUUGCCAUUCACACCGCCACGGAUGUUCAGAGGAUCAUCUAUGCCAGUGAUUCUCAGCCGGGUGCGCAGCUCGCUCCGCUCACUGGCGAUUCCAAGACCAGCUUGUUCGCCUACGGAGCUCAUUUACACCUCGAUGCGGCGACCGUCCCGAAGGAAUUGUACACUUGUCUAGGCUACGAAUCAAUGGACCAAGUGCCUGAUGGCCGUAUCCUCGCUCAUCGACACGGAGCGAUAUUCGUCAAGACCAGAUCUACCGACCCAGAGGAUGCUGCCGGAGUCUGGAUAACCCACGGAAGAGUACCUAAGAAAGCUGGAACUCCGCUCGAGCCAAAGGUACCCAUGGUACAAGCUAUCGAAUCCUCGGGCCAUGCGUCAGCGUUGCAAGGUGUACAAGAAUGGUCACAGGAGACGUUUGAUCACGUCCCCGGGACCUGGCAGGAAGUUUAUGUCAAGAGCAUCCAUCAAGGUGAUCGAUUGGCUCAGUGUGUUUAUUGGAACUUUUACAAUGGGGCUUUUUCGACGAGACAAUGCCAACUUUUGUUGAAAGCGUGCCAGUGGGCCGUGGAACCGGAGAGAGGCAAUGUCAAGGCUUUGGCAUUGAUGGGCGGAUCAUACUUCUCAAAUGGGAUCGCACUCAACACCAUCGAAGCGUCUGCGCAUCCAGGUCAAGAGACAUGGGCAAAUAUCUCCGCUAUUGACGAUAUUGUCGAAUUCCUGGUAUCCGACACCUCGGCCGACAGAUCUCCUUUUAUGAGACAUGUCGAACCGCUGUGCGAACGUGGCAUCGUCACUGUCGCGUGCGUCAGAAGCAACGCAGCUGCCGGAGGUGUAGCGCUCGCUGCUGGAUGCGAUGUGGUCAUGGCUGGUAGAGGAGUGGUCUUAAAUCCCGCUUAUCGAGCCAUGGGUCUACAUGGAUCGGAAUUCCAUUCAUACUCUUACCUCACUCGAUGUGGUGAAUCUCGCUCUGCGGCCAUGCUACGCGAUAUGAUGCCUCAAUCAUCGACUCAAUCUCGCGAGACUGGCUUGGUGGAUAUCGAAAUUGGAUCUUGCACUUCCACCUCAUCUGAGAUCGAAUCACUCUGUAUCGAACAGAUCAAAACACUCCUGCAAUCCUCGUCGACACAGCCUCUACAAUGUGCCCCGUGGUCAACGUUCACUUCCGACUCGACCCCUCCUUCCAUCGCUCCUUCCGUUCACAUCUCUCUGACCGACUGGAUGUGUAAAGUCAAAAGGGACAAGUAUCGACAUCGCUCAUUUCCUCCACUCGUACACUUCAGGACUGAAGAGUUAUCUCAGAUGCUAUUGGACAGCUUCCACUCGAUUCGAUCGAAAAGAUAUCACGAAAGACGAUACAAGUUCAUCCGCAAGGUCAAGUCGGACGCCACGCCCUCUCGGUACAUUCGACAUCGGCAAGUCGAGCAAGAUGAAGAGGAACGAGAGGAGUUUGACGAUGCACCCGGUUGGACAAGAGGCGAAGAGUGGUCUUGGGCGGAUUUACCGAUCCCAGCGUCUCUCGCGACGUCGGAGAAGACCAGAGUUCCACUGUACUCUGCCGACGAUAAUGCGCCUCGAAAAGCGAGCAUCGUCGUCUCUCACGUCGAAUCCGAUACCUGUACGGCUGUCGAAUCGUCACCGAAUCUCGAGGCUGAAGCCGGCACUCCUGAUAAAUCCCUCUUACGACCUAUCGAACCCAUGUCUACACCUUCGACUGAGAAUGUCUCAUUUACGGCUCUAUCUUCUCCUGGAUCCAUGAACCAGAGUCUCCCCUCCGACGAAGAUGACACUGUUCGCACGCCAUCUCCUCGACAAAGUACCUUCUUCAAAAAGCAAGGAAGGCGAAUUUCAUCGUCUUCUCAGUUCGCAAGUAUGGUCAACACCCCUCUGUCGACUCCGGCCGUCACACCUGAUGGGCCCCUGUCAGGAUCCAAGUCCAAAGCGUCAGGCCGAUUCAAGAGCUUCUCAAAGAGACUCUCUGGAGCAUUCACGCUUAAACCUCCUCCGCCUUCUCGACCUUCCAUCUUGCCUCCUGCACAGACAUUCAAGACCCAAGCGGUCCAGAACGGACCGAAAUUGCAAAAUGUGACUGCUGCGACGAGAGCCUCCAUGACGGUCGUGAGAAGUCCCAAGCCUACUAUACCUGGGCACCGUGCGACCUUGUCGACGUCGCUGCCCCCGUCGUCGACGACGACCAAGUCGACAUACCAGUCACCCAAAAUCAAAGGGGCGGAGCAAUGCGAUUUCCCUUGCUUGUAUGAGCCGACAGAAGUGAAGAAGACGACCAACCACGCAGUCAAUGAGCCCAUCAUCGAAGAAGUCGCUGGGCAAGCUUGA